AUGUCUACAUCCCUACAUCCCCUCCUGUCCUACACACAGGCAGAGCAGUGCGGGAACCUUGCAAAUGACCUUUUUUUCGGCCGGAACCGCCAUCUUCCAGUAAUUCGCCAAAAUGACCAACACAAAGGGAAAGAGAGGGGCACCCGCUACAUGUUCUCUAGGCCUUUUAGAAAACAUGGAGUUGUUCCUUUGGCCACAUACAUGCAAAUCUACAAGAAGGGUGAUAUUGUAGAUAUCAAGGGAAUGGGUACUGUUCAAAAAGAAAUGCCCCACAAAUGUUACCAUGGCAAAACUGAGAGAGUCUACAAUGUUACCCAGCAUGCUGUUGGCAUCAUUGUAAACAAACAAGUUAAGGGCAAGAUUCUUGCCAAGAGAAUUAAUGUGUGUAUCGAGCAUAUUAAGCACUCUAAGAGCCGAGAUAGCUUCCUAAAACGUGUGAAGGAAAAUGAUCAGAAAAAGAAGGAAGCCAAAGAGAAAGGGACUUGGGUUCAGCUGAAGCGCCAGCCUGCUCCACCCAGAGAAGCACACUUUGUGAGGACCAGUGGGAAGGAACCUGAACUGUUGGAACCCAUUCCCUAUGAAUUCAUGGCCUGAAGGGUGUAAAAAUAAAGACCUGGACUGUACAAAUGUUUCUCUUAAUUGAGUAGAGGUGUUGUGUCCAAAUUCAGUGGGUGAUGUCUUUUCAGAUUUAGUGUU